CCAAAUAUCACAAAACACACCCAAACACACGAACACACUUUCUGGACUCUUCGCAUUUUCCUGCAAUCCGCCUGUUUCGUUUUGGUUUUCCUUUUCCAUAUCAUUUUCUUUCCCAUCAAGAAGCCACCACCGCACCCACACGCCCUGGCUCUCUGUUCCCCGCACACCAAUUUCAACUUUGUGUUUUUGCGCAUUUAUAUAUAUAUAUUUUUUUUUAUAUUUAUGCAAUUAAAAAAUAUACUAGUAAUAAUAAAUAAACCCUAGCGUAUUCUUCUCCUGUGUAACGCUCGUACCCCCCUUCUCUCUCUCUCUCUCUCUCUCUCUCGCUAACUGUACGAAGCCGUAGCGUUUUCUGUUGCCUGCCGACAAUGUCAGCCUCCGGAGGAGUCUCGAUCGCUCGCAGCCGCGGUGAGAACCGGUUCUAUAACCCGCCGCACGUGCGACAAAGGCAACAGCAGCAGCAGCAGCAGCAGCAACUGCAAGGGCAAGAGAAGCAUCAGAGGUCCACUUCGGUGUCCAGGGCUGGUUCUUCUUCGGUGGAGUCGGAGAAGAGGACCGCCUCGGAUGAGUGCGCGUCGCUUUCUUCGACGAAGUCUGAUUGUUCGAUUUCGGGGUCGGGUUUGGGAGCGAGCGACUCCGCGACGAAUUUGGAUCGGUUCUUGGAGCACACUACUCCGGUGGUGCCGGCUCAGUAUUUCCCCAAGAGGAGCAUAAGAGGAUGGAGAAAUCCUUUGCCAGAGUCGCAUCCGUACUUUGUGCUCGGGGAUCUGUGGGAGUCUUUCAAGGAGUGGAGCGCAUACGGAGCAGGUGUUCCUCUUCUGUUGAAUGGAAGUGACUCUGUCAUUCAAUAUUAUGUGCCAUACUUAUCUGGAAUUCAGCUGUAUAUAGACCCAACAAAGCCCUCUCCAAGGCUAAGGAGACCUGGUGAGGAGAGUGACAUGUCAUCCAGAGAGUCAAGUAGUGACAGCAAUAGUGACUAUGGAGCAGAAAGAGGAGCCAGUAGUGUUGUUCAUGGGCCUUGGAGUCAGCAGAACAUUACAGAAGCAAACAUUCGGGGUUUGAAAAGACUUUCAGUGAGAAAUAAAAGCUCAUCAAGUGACGAAAGUGAGAAUGGAAACCCUUCAGGUCAACUUGUGUUUCAAUACUUGGAGCAUGAUCCACCAUUUGGUCGUGAACCUUUGGCUGAUAAGAUUUCAGUUCUCGCAUCUCGGUUUCCAGAGCUGAGGACAUACAAGAGCUCUGAUCUAUCACCUUCAAGUUGGAUUUCUGUGUCAUGGUAUCCAAUAUAUAGGAUACCCACAGGUCCAACACUCCAGAAUUUGGAUGCCUGCUUCUUGACCUUUCAUUCUUUGUCUACACCCUUCAAAGUUACAGGCUCUGAUGGGCUAAAUUUUUGUGGUCCAAGGCCGAAGGAGAUCCGCAGUGCUGACUUGUCUGUCAAGCUCUCAUUGCCCAUCUUUGGGCUUGCUUAUUACAAGUUCAAAGCUUCUGAUUGGAGUCCGGAAGGAGUUUAUGAAUCUCAGAAAGCCAAUUCCCUAUUGCGAGCUGCCGACAACUGGGUGAGGCUAUUGAAAGUCAACCAUCCGGAUUACAGUUUCUUCCUCUCCCACAACUCAAACUGGAGGUGAGAGGAAUCGCCUAAUAAUUCAUGUCCAAUCUGAUGCAAACUUAACCUUGCAAUCACACGAAAUUAAGGCAAGCCUGUGGUUGAAGUUUUGAUUGUUGAUUUGAUAUGGAAAUGUAUUCCAGAUAACUAGUAUUGCAUCAGAUACGGCUUUUGCUUUAUCUAUCUAGUCAAAAGAAUAUGCCGAAUAAUACUCUGGUUAUAUGGGUUGUGUGGAAAGCCUUAGUAGGCAGAGUGGACGAUGUUGAUGAUAUGAUCCUUAAAGAAGUGGCUGAUCCAUACGUACC